AUGUCACUCUCAACCCAGGCCCCAACCGACAUCGCGAUGCAAAUAGUCGUUCCAAACGAUAGCAAUCCCACUGGCCCACCGCUCCUCUCUGCAGAGCGCCGGAUCACCCCGACAUGGACGGUCUCGCAGUUGAAGUCGAAACUGGAGCCCAUCACGGGGAUUCCAGCGUCGUCACAGACGCUCCGCACGAAUGCUUUAGAUGGGACCUGGAUCGCCUUAACCGGUGAUUCCUCGCUUCUAUCGGAGCCCCGGUUUGGGCUCAGGAAGGGCUCCGAGAUCCAAGUCCAGGACACGCGGCCCCCGCAGCUGCGGCAGAACCUCAACUUCCUGGCCGCGGACCUCAGCUCCGUGGAGAAAUACCAAAUGCCCGAGACCCAGUACGAGCAAUUGGAGGAUUCGGUGCUCGCAUGGAAGCGCCGUCAAAAACUGGGCCGCUUCGAUCCCCACGCCAAAUCCCAGGCGCAGCUGGUGGAGGAGAGGAGGGAGAAGGACGAGAGGGAGAUGAAGGCGCGCGGCAUCACAUUGGGUUUGAGGUGUCGGGUGGGGCGCGACGAUGGUAGAAGGGGCACCGUGAGGUACGCGGGGGAGAUUCCUGGGUUGGGCGGGCAGAGAGAGGAAGGGUGUCUCUGGGUCGGUGUGGAGCUGGAUGAGCCAGUGGGGAAGAACGACGGCAGCGUGCAAGUCGAGCUCGAGGAGGAAGAAGGUGGCAAGCGUGCACAAGAAACCAAAAGGGUGUUUGAGUGUGCGGACAAGUACGGUGUCUUUGUCAGGCCGGAGAAGGUCGAAGUGGGCGACUUCCCACCGCUGAACGAUCUGCUAGACGAGGACAUGGAAGAAAUCUGA